CUAGUUUAUUUUUUUACUUAUGAUGUUAAAAUCGAUCUCUUGUUGUCCGCGCUUUUCGUUUCUCUCUUUAAUGGUUUUUAUUCCCGCAUGGUUUCUAUCCUAUCAUUGUCCAUUAGCAUCAUUUCACUUGCCGGAGCCACUAUUGUAAUGCUACGGAAAAUGCUUAAGGGGAGUGUCCGAAUAUGUAAUUGCGCUUCGCCUUCUAAUCAUACUGCCAUCAUAACAGGAGCAACUUCAGGUAUUGGCGAAGCAACUGCCGUUGAGCUUGCUAAACGUCACUGGAAGCUCAUACUAGGAUGCAGGGAUAUGCUUGCUGGAGAACUAAUAAAGAACAGGAUAGAACUAGAAACUGGGAAUAAAAACGUGUCUACUUUGAAACUCGACCUGGAAGACUUCGAAUCGGUUAAAUCUUUUGUUUCAUCGAUGCCAGAGGAUACUCUUGUGCAUUUAUUAAUAAAUAAUGCAGGUAUUAUGUCGACUCAACCAAGAUACAAUAACGCGCUAGACAAUAUUGAUGCGAAUAUGGCUGUCAACUUUUUUGGUCACUUUGUGCUUACAAUUAUGUUACAAAAUACUUUCAAGCGUACCUUUCAAAAAGAAAACAAAAAACCGCGCAUAGUUAUCGUCAGUUCUGCUCUAGCAAAGCAUGGACAGCUGAAUGGUGUCUCAAAACCCCUUUCAGCCGCUCCCGAAAAGGACUGGCAAGCGUCAACUAGCUACAAAAAUUCUAAGCUAGCUUGCUUACUAUUUGCUAGGGAACUUGAAAAACGGUGGAGUAGUGCAAAUUUGGAUAAUUUUGUGGAUGUAUAUUGUAUUGUCACUGGUGGAAUG